UCGGCGGCGGGGCGAGUGCCAGGCAGCACGCACCAUCAGCACCACCACCGACAGCACCGACGGCAGCAGCGGCAGGACCAGCGUUGGGAGCAGCCAGCCAGCGGUUGCAUCAGCGGCAGCACCAGCACCAGCACCAGCAGCAGCAGCAGCAGCAGCAGCAGUAGUAGUGGCGCGCUUGGACGCGUGUGUAUAUCUGUGUGUGUGUGUGCGUGUGUGUGUGUGUAAAGAGAAAAACCACGAGCGUCUGUGUGCGUGUGUGUGUGUGUGUGUGUGUGUGUGUGUGUGUGUGUGUGUGUGGUGGCUGCGCGCGCCAAAGACGUUCCGCCGAGUACGUAAGGACAGGUUUUCGUACGCAGUCGUACCGCGGUUACCGCUGUCGCAAUACCACUACGCAAAACAUCUCAUCGGUACAAUAGUAUAAUUUAGUAGUAUAACCGUCGGCGAUCGCCGUACACGACACUAUAAUAAUACCGUUUCCGAGGCCGAGACGUCGCGGUGUCCGCCGCAUAGCUGCUGUCUCGUCGCCCAUCGGAAACCGGCUCAUCCGCGUUCACCGGUCGCGGACGCCGCGUCUCUGCCGGCCGCAGCGGGCUUUCCUGUCUCCCGUGUAUUUCGGCACGUGCCACACACCGACGGACGGCGUCGUACCGGUCCACCGCCGUCACAGUAACGGCACACGAGCGUCCGCCGCCGCUGCCAUUAAAAUGGACGCGACGGUCGGCCACCGUCCCGCGGACAUCCAUCGGCGCCCCAACACCGGUGACGGGCUCGGCGACGACCAGCAGCUGGCGUACGGCUGUCAGCGACGACAGGACGACGGACGUCAGAAGGAGCCACUAAUCGUUGUUGGCCGCAACACGUCCUGUUGAUAGGAGACCGGACGUCGACGACGAGGACGGGUCGUGCGCGCCACCGCAACCGCCGCCGCCGCCGCUGAAUGGGACAUGGGAAUACUCCCGGAUCUGCUCAUCGUCUACCUAAUCAUUGCAGAAACGCUAUGCGGACCUCACGAGAAGCGAUUGCUCAACGAUUUAUUAGACCCUUACAACACACUAGAGAGGCCAGUAGCUAAUGAAUCGGAGCCACUACAACUUAGUUUCGGCCUUAUGCUCAUGCAAAUCAUAGAUGUGGAUGAAAAGAAUCAGCUGUUGAUUACCAACAUGUGGUUAAAAUUGGAAUGGAAUGACGUCAACCUCAGGUGGAACCACAGUGACUACGGCGGUGUGAAAGAUUUGAGAAUACCACCACACAAGAUAUGGAAACCAGAUAUGCUCAUGUAUAAUAGCGCUGAUGAAGGUUUCGACGGCACGUACGCAACCAACGUGGUAGUAAACAGCAAUGGUAGCUGUGUAUUCAUACCACCGGGAAUAUUCAAGAGUACGUGCAAGAUCGAUAUCACGUGGUUCCCCUUCGACGAUCAAAAGUGUGAUAUGAAAUUUGGCAGUUGGACAUACGACGGAUUUCAGUUGGACCUUCAACUCCAAGAUGAUAAUGGAGGAGACAUCAGUGGUUUUAUUACUAAUGGUGAAUGGGACCUGCUUGGCGUUCCCGGAAAGCGCAAUGUGAUCUACUACAGUUGCUGCCCCGAACCGUACAUAGACAUAACGUUUUCCAUCCUAAUUAGAAGGCGCACCCUGUAUUACUUUUUCAACCUGAUAGUCCCGUGCGUGUUGAUUGCAUCUAUGGCCGUACUAGGAUUUACUCUACCGCCGGACUGUGGCGAAAAACUAUCUCUAGGCCGGAAAGCUACGAGGAGCUUGAGAAACUACUCUUGUUGUCCGAAUCCGUAUGUGGAUAUCACGUUUACCAUAUACGUUCGGCGCAGAACAGUUUAUUACAUCGUCAACCUGAUUUUGCCGAGCGUAACACUGGCCGCUAUGGCCAUGCUCGGGUUCACGCUGCCCUCAGAUUGUGGCGAGAAAAUGACCUUAGGAGUGACAAUCCUCCUAUCACUGUCCGUAUUCUCACUCAUGAUAGCCGAUGCCUUACCACAAACAUCUGAAGCUAUCCCCUUACUAGGUACUUAUUUCAACUGUAUCAUGUUCAUGGUUGCAUCUUCAGUCGUGUCUACAAUCAUGAUCCUGAAUUAUCACCACCGUAAUGCGGACACUCACGUUAUGUCCAAAUGGGUGAAACUCAUGUUCCUGGUGUGGAUGCCGUGCUUGUUGUGCAUGAGCCGACCGGCUCGCGACGAUCCGCCCGGCAACGGUAACAAGUCAGACUCGAAGAACAAGUCGGCGGCGUCGUCCAUCCACCACCUGCCCGACCUGGAGUUCCGGGCCAAAUCGUCCAGGAGCUUGCUGGCCAACGUGCUCGACCUGGACGACGACCUGCGCUCGUCCACCCGGAGCUACCCGGGAGCCCGAAGCCAAGUGGCGCCGAUGCCCGAGCACGUCAUGGUCGAACAGCAGCAGCAACAGCACGCGAUGAUGGCCGGCGGCGGCGGCGGGGUGGCGUCCGCGGCGAGUUCGUGUCUAGGACCGCACCGCGAGCUGUCGCUCAUCCUCAAGGAGCUCCGGGUGAUCACGGACAAGCUGCGCAAGGACGAGGAGGACGAGGAGAUCACCAACGACUGGAAGUUCGCGGCCAUGGUGGUCGACCGCAUGUGCCUGUACAUAUUCACCUUCUUCACGGUGGCCGCCACCAUAGCGGUCCUCAUGUCCGCGCCGCACGUAAUCGUCACGUGAUCGCGCCACCGACGUCAUCGCGUCCAGUUCCGGUUCCGGCUUCACUCUCUCCCUCUCUCUAUAUACACAAUAUACGGAUAUAUAUACAUAUAUAUAUUGUUAUAUAUAGGUAAUAUAAAAUGACGGAUGCAGUGAGGCAGCUCUACAUAUAUUAUAUAUUAUUAAAAUUAUGACGACCACACGAAGUCGCAUCUACAUAGCACGCGGAAAAGUGACAUGUAGAAAUCGGUGUGGUACCGUUUUAAAUUAUUCAUACGAGAUAACUAUAAUGUUAUUAAAUUAUUAUUAAUAUUAUUAUUAUUAUAUACUCCUAAUAUCUAAAAAUUAUUAUAAAACUAUAAUUUUUUUUUUCUCGAAACUACUUCUUUUCUAAUGGUUUACUAUAAAGUAUAUCUAUAAAUAUAUCUAUUUGGUUUGCUACGUAAUAAUAAUAAUGAUAUAUUACUCUGGCCCUGCUCCUUGAAACGAAUUAAAAUGAAUGAACAAAAAAUAUCCAGUAGAUUUUCUAUUGACGUAAAUCUGUUGCAUAAAAUAUGGAAUUGACACGUCAUACACAUUACGCAUCGGUAUUAAAUAUACGCGUAAAUAACGUUUCAGAAACAAACAUUUUUACAAGAAAUUAAAAUAGGCAUAUUGUGUAUAUAUAUAUUAUAUUAUAUAUAUCACGAACCUAUUACUGAAUAUCCGAAAUUAGUAGUACGUGUUCAGUGUACAAUGUCGAUACAUUUUUGUAAAUAUUUGUAAAUGUUUGGAUAUUUUCAUGACAUCGGAAGAGUCAUUUUCAUAUGCAGAUAAACUGCCACACGAAUAUUAUUUUAUUCAUUUUUUUCGUCUCAUUUGAGGAAUAAGGGCUCUAAAAAUGUAUAUACCAUUGGAAAUCUCAAACACAAUCUAUAAUCGAUACAUUUUUCGUUGUCACAGCGUCGUAAAACCAACAACAUGUCGUGACAAUAUUAAGUUUUAAAAUCAGAAAUUAUCAUCAUAAUGAUAUAUAUAUUACUGAACAUCGAGAUAAAUAUGAAAGUUUCUAUUACUAGUUCCCAAAAGAAAUAGGUUAAAUUAAAAUUUAUAUUUAGCUUAUUACUAUACUGAUAUUGUAUUUUUACAUAAAUGCACUUAUUUAAAAUUAUCUUACAUUGCAUAUUGAUAAUAUUUUUAAUUAUUGAUAUUGGGUUCCUUAUUUUAUUUAACCGUGAAUAGCUUUUAAUACAAUUUCAUUUUUCAUACUAAUAUACUGGUAAUAUUUCGUCUCACACCUUCAACAAUUUAGUUUAUUCAAUAUCAUCAAUAUACCAACACAGUACAAAAACGUUUGUUUCAAAAUUCGCAUGUUUCGCAACUGCUCUAAAAAUAAAACAUACUUCAAUAAGUCUCCGAGUGGCUUGAUUAUCGACAGUCAUUGUCUUACUUAUAAGGUUUACAUACUCUGAGUACCUAUCGAUUUUUGGAUUUAAUUUUAAAUAUCGAUGGCGUUGUAAAGUGCUUACAUACUGCGUGUUGCUAAUUGAUUUCAUUUUUAACGGUGAUAAUAUUUAUUAUUAAUUUGGAAAGUAUUUCACUGACAUAAAAACUGCAAUAAAUUAUAAGUCUGAUAUAAUAUAAAAACCAUACCAUAGCGUUUUCAACGAAUUUAAAAGUCUACUUAUAACCAAUAUUCCGUAAUAGGAAAUUAAUUUUCCAUCACAUAACAUUGAUCCAAAUGUCAAACCAUGUUUUAUUUCAACUUCGGUUCUUAAUAUUUAUCUUAAAACAAUGUGCUGAUAAAUCGUAUGUGUAGCUAUGAUUAAUAUUAGUAUAAUUAUUGGAUCGUUAAUAUUUUACUGGAAUACUUGUAUCAAUAACUUAAUUUAUUCCAUAAUCUAUCUAUUACAGUUACUGGAAGUACUAAAUAUUAUAAAAUUAUUUGUCAAGACACCCAAUUUGUGUGUCCUCUUGCUCAAAUUAAUAUAUAUAUAUAUAUAUAUAUUUAUGGACUUGAUAUAAAUAUAUUAUUAGAUUAGCUAAACAAAUUUGCUUUUUAUAUUAAUCAUCUGUGAAGUAAGGAAUAAAUAUAUAUUAAUCAGACACACCCUAAUUAUCUAAUACGUAAAUAAUAAAAGAUUAUUAUGCGAUCAGAUUAUGCAAAUAAUCGUAUUUAAAAUUAGUACAAAAUCGAUCAUAUUAAUUGUUUAUGUAUUUGUUAGACAUGUAUUAGAAUACUUAACUGUUUUAUUUUACACGCACGUUUUGCUGUGACAAUCUUAAAAUCUCAACAUCAUAAAGCCCAACAGUAAAUUACAAUAGUAAUUAUACUAAUAAUUAUUAAAAUUAUUAUCAAUAUCAUCAUUAUUAUUAUUAUUAUUAUUAUUAUUAUUAUUAUAAAUUUAACUAUUAAAAAUGUCUAAUGCAUUAAAUGACAAAAUCUUGAGUCGUCUUCCGGUUCAAACAAAUGUCAUGAAAUAAAAACAAAAAAAUUAAUUCAAAAAUAUAUAGAAUAUAAAAAUACUUAAUUUCAUUUGAUAUAAAUUAUACUUAUAUACUACAUAUACAAUUUACUAGGGAUAUUAUAGAAUAGCGAUUUGAAAUUAAUUAAUUUUCUUCGAUGAUGUUUCAUGAUUCAUCGUUAACAAACAAAGUGUUAAAUAAUAAAUUCAGCUCAAUUAAUUGCUUUAAUAAAUAAAAUAAAAGUAAAAUUAUUGUAAAUUAAAAAUACAUAAACUACGUUUGUUUAGAGCUAUACAUUGUUUACGUAACAUAAACAAAACUAUUUUAUAAAAAUGGAAAUCAUUUUAAAAUUAAAUGUAAAAAUGAUUAUAAAAAAAGUUUUAUAUUAAAAAAUAAAAUAAAAACAUGUAAAUACCUACUUUGUUAUUUGUACGUUGUUAUUGAAUCUUGUUAACAUAAUUAUAAUUGAUUUUAUAUUAUUGUAGCCCUUAGAAAUGAUAAAAUACUAAUGUAUAGGUUUUGAACAUUUUGUUAUGUUUUAAGACGUAAUAGAAUAUGAAACAACUAUAAGAGACUUAAACUAUAUGUUACAUGAAUUUGACAACCUUAUAUGCUUGAAAAUAUGUGUAAAAAAAAACACAGUAAUCCAUAUUAUACAUAAUUAAUACAUCGUAUUGUAAGGAAAUUAUGCUAUAACAACAUUAUUAUAUCAAAUUGUUCUAAAACGUUAUUUUAUAUAGUUACUCUUGUCAGUAUUAUUUUUAUUAUCAUUAUUAUUACUUUUAUCAUCAUUAGUUCAAUUAGACAAAUAGUAAGAUUAAUAAAUAAUUCAAUUGAAUAUUUAGGUAAAAGAAAAGUAAUACAUCUUCAUUUAUAUAUACCCAAUUGUUCGUCAGAUUUCGUCUAAUAUCUGGAUAUAUUAUUUUUGUUAAUUUUUAAUAAUUUUAUUUUAUCUAAUUGUUCUUAUCAUUUAUUUGUUUACGUUUAGAUACAUAACGCUCUGUUGUAUUACUUUGCCAGUCUUUAAUCUCGAGUUAUUAUUAUAAAAAAUUACAAAAAAAAAAACAUACAUAGGAAAUAUAAUACAAAUAAGUCCUUAAUUAGAUUUUAGUUUGAUUCAAUGAUUUAAUAUUAUAUGCCCUAAAACCAUAUUACUAUCAUAAAAUUUAAUUGAAAUUAUGGUCCUGCUCAUCUAGGCGCUGUUUUUUAAAUUGUUAAGCAAAAAUAAAUGAUUAAAAAUAAAAAUAUAUAACGUAAAAUCAUUAUGAAAUAAAAUUAAAUCCAUUUUAUUAUAAUAUAUAUAUUAUAUAUGUAUUUAUAUAUAUGUUAUAUUAUCGUUAAGUAAAAUACAAUAAUUUCGUAUUCGUUAUCAACUAAUCGGGUUACAUAAUAUAUCUAAAUAAAUUUUUUAAUUUUUGUUUUUGUUUGUACGCCUGAGUUUAUCUAUCUCUGCCACUUUUUAGCAGACAAUCAAAAAUAUUAAUAACAUUAAGAUUUGUUGCAAAUCGAAAGAAGUAUUUAUUUAUUUAUUUUUUAUUAUCAUUAUUCAAUAACUUAAAUCAUUUUUUUUUUUUGUAUAAUUGAAAUUGGUACCUACCGUUUCUAUUGCUGUAGGUUUAACGUUUCACUAAACUAAAACGUAUCUCUUUCUUAGACUUUUAGAGUUUUUAGUAUCAAGAUAUUCUACAAUUCUUUUAAAACCGAAAAAAAUUAACUAAAGAGUAUAAGAAUGUUAAAUUGAAAGAUUAAUAAAUAAUUUUAAAUACAAUAUUAACAACACAUAUUUUGUUAUUUGUAAUUAGCAGUUUCGUAUAGCCUAAUGACUUUUUCUCGAUAUACAUUUUUUUUUUUUUUUUUGUUUAUUAUAAAAAUGUCAUAAUAAGCUAAUACUAUCAAAAUUGUUUAUAUCAUUAGAUUACAUAAAAUGUUUCGUUAAGUUUUUUUGUUUUUGUUUUUAUGUUAUACAAAAUUUGUUUAUUUUAUUUUUACAGUUGAUGUUUAUUUAUUUGUAAUUUCUAUGACAAAUCGUAAUGUGCGAUUUUAUAGGCCAAUAUAAUUUUAAAGGCCAAAAAAUAUCUAAUAUUUAUAUUGAUAUCCGUAAUGUUAUUAUAUAUUAAUGAAACAAUACAAAAUGGUGUACACAUAAUAUAGAUUUGCUCAUAGUAUUUGUUAACUCUUGUGUAAUGUAGAUUAUGUUUAAUUUCAAGCAAUUUGUACUUAAAAAUAUAAAAAGUUAUAAUUGUGAUUAUUAAAUCAUAUUAAUUUUAA